UUUGGUUUCACUUCCGCACUGCGCUGCAGCCUGGAGUCCGUUAGCCUCCUGGAUGGAACUUCGCACAUUUUGAGGAAAUUGUUUUUUUUAUCCAGGACAGGAAAAUUGUGCGGCAAAAAAGAAAUAUUCGUUCAAAUCUCAAAACUACAUUGAGGUUUACUUUAUUUAAUUUGAGUAACAAAAUAGAAGCGGUGUCGCUUUAUUAAAUCAACCAGGAAGCGACGUUAGCGCGACGAAGCUCACUCCACUACAUGCUACAUGUUUAAGCACAUUUUAAACUGUGACUAACGAAGGAACAUCUCCAACUUAUUUGAAGAAGCCAUGAAGGUACGUGCACAAUGCAGUCUGAAGGUGAUCAACAUUCCCGGUGGAGGGUCUUUCCUGUUGUGGACCUUGGUGGUUCAGCUGGUCCUCUGUGGGAACGGGGUCUACGCUGCUGAAGGCACCAAAAGCUGCAAACUGAUAAAUGAGUCAGACUCUGAACGCAAAGUCCUCAAUCGACUGGAGGCGCUUGCCCAUAAGAACUUUACAGCAGAGACGACGGUUGGAACUGAGAGUUACUCAUAUGUGUUCCAGCUGUGUGGAGACGCAGGGGGUGUCCCCGGAGCCGGAGUUAUUCAGUACGACAAGAAAACGGAGAGUAAACCAACAGUGGUUGGCAUGUAUAAUGCAACGCAGGCCAUUGGAGGAAGUGACUGGGUGAUGUUGAUCUACAACAACGGCGACAAAUACGAUGCACACUGUUCCCAAGAAAUGAGGAAAGCCAUGAUCAUGAUCUCUUGCAACAAGACAGUGGCUGUGGGCGAGAUGAGAGUGAUGCUGGAGGACAGGGAGAGGACGCAGGACUGUUUUUACCUGUUUGAGCUCGACUCCAGCGCUUUGUGUGAAGUUGUUGAGUCCCGGAUCAGCGCCGGCUCCAUCAUACUCAUCAUAGGUUUCUGUCUUCUGGCUGUUUAUCUCAUCGGAGGUUUCCUCUACCAACGACUGAUUGUUGGAGCCAAAGGGAUGGAGCAAUUCCCAAAUUACGCUUUUUGGUUGGAAGCUGGCAAUAUGAUGGCGGAUGGAUGUGACUUUGUGUGCCGGUCGCGAAAUCGUGAGGACGCCCCGGCCUACAGGGGAGUGGCUACCGAAUCGUUAGAAGAAGAGCCAGAGGAGAGAGAUGACCACUUACUACCUAUGUGACCUCAAUACUUGAGAAAUGGGACAGAAAUUUACACUGUGUGACACCGUUCACUCUUUCACAAGCAGAUGUUUGCUGUUAGGCACAAGUCCUUUUUUUCUGUGCUGGUUCAGGCCAGGACCUGUCGAUCCUGACUUGUGCCUAGAGCAACGACUGUGUGAUCUGCUCGUCACAUACGGUCAUGUUACUUAUUGGGCGGACAGACCGGUCUCCUUUCUGCCCCAUUCAUUUCAUUCAGCUGUUUGAUUUCAAACAAACAAAUGAAUGGUUUAUCUAAUAUUACAAAGUGAUCAUAAAAAGUGACUUUUCUACCGUGGAAAUCUGGCACUAAUGGCACUGACGUUAAGAAGAUGCAUUUCUCCCUGAUUUCAAUUUUUUUUCCUGCUUAACUAAGGGUUGAUGUGUGUUUGAACUUGUUGCAGGAACCUUUUUUCCUUGUGCACUGGCAGUUGCCGGUUACAAAACACACAAGUGCUUUUGCUUGUGUAAUAUGGCUUUAAUUAGUUUGUGUUUUUGUGUAUUCAAAGUGAGAGAAUUCGUAUGGGAAUGUAAAAGUUAAAUACUUUCUGUGACUGCUUGCAGCCUUGCUGGGCAUCUUCCUUUCUCAGGCUUCAUGGGGAAACGCUUCUGCAUAUAUCCUAAUAUCUUCCUGAGUCUUGACAGUUGUAACUAACUGUUCUCUUACAUAGUUAUCUGAAAGGUCAGUAAUGCUGUUAUAUGAAUGUGCUGUGGUGUCUGAAGCAAAGCAUAUGACUAAUAAUCUAUGCAUUAUGCUAUUUAUCAUUUUAUUUACUAAUUUGUUCACUAUAUAUUGUACUUUUUGAUAUUAAAUGAUAAAUAGCAUAAUACAUAGAUUAGUUAAUCGCUAAUAAUAUACACACUUUGGUUUUCAUAGAAUAAAUGAAUAUUUACAUAAAUUGCUUGCAUUGUAAACCAGAACCAAACACCAGAUGGCAACACCAACAUAAUAGAGUUGUACGAACUUUAUUUUAACAUUUUAAGUUAUUACAAAGGAUUCCAGAUGGAUUUUUAAACUUAGAUUGCUAAAUGUUUUUAGAAAGGUUCAGUUAUGAAUCAAGUUAUAUUAUCGUUGGUGUGUUUCCAUCUUUGCUUUUUGUGUUUAAUAAGUUGGCAUUUCUUUGUUUAGUCAGAGAAAUGGAGUCAUAUCCUGUUUGUUUCAAUGAUGAUGAUUUCAAGCCACCAAUGUGUCUCAUCCUUUUCUGAUUCCAUAAAAAAAUACAGUAUGAAAGUUAUUUAGAUAUGUCCGUCGUAGUGGUGAAAGUAGGACACACCCAAGUGCACUCACCGUUGGAGAUUUAAUGAAUGUAACAUGUUGUGUAAUAAAAACGUAUAAAACACUGUUCA